AUGCGGGCGCUGCUGGAGAGUAGCUGGAUGCAGUUUGGACCAGCAGGCCGGGGGUCAUAUGACUGGGUGACCGGAUCACCGUUCACACAGGACAAACAGAGCCUGAGCAGGAACAAGCCAGACAUCGGCGAGGACAGACGGUUGUUGCUCACGGUUUACGUGGUCCUGCCGCUGGUCUUCAUCCUCCUGCUGGCUCUCCUGGUGGUCGUGGCGUACCGUCGCUGGUCCCACAGCAAGCUCAGCCUGGCCAGCAUCAUCGCCCUGGACCUCCACACUGAAAGCAGCACAGAGUUCCUGUCCUCCCUGACCAGGAACACCGAGCGCCACGCCAGCACCAGCUCUGAAGUCUCAAACGGAGUCUUUGUCAUGGUCUACCUGCCGCCGCCCUAUGAGGAAACCCUCACCAAGAUCACCCGCACCGCCAGCCUAUCCAACUCCAAAGAAGUGGAGUCAAUGAAGAUGGAAGAUCUAGAGGCCAAGCUGUGUCCGGAGCUCAAAUCCAGUGGGCGAUACGUGUGA